CUUUGUUUCCUGAAUAAAGUAAACUAUGGUAAUAAGCCAAGGUUCCAUUCAAGGCUUAGUGUACGUUUUAUAUUUGACCAGUUGUGAUGCUUUGUUACUCAGGACAAUAAACAUUCCAUUUUAAAUUACCAUACUAUGUCAGGUUAUGACUCAUACAGUACAUUCUGGUCCGUGCAUUCUUUUUAUUAAUUUCAUUAUUUUAAUUUAAAUUUUAUCUUGUUCAUGGAGAACAAUUAAAAAUAAUUAAAUUAUGUUAGGUUUUAUAAUAUAUGUUCUAAAAUAGUGUAGUGUUUUAAAUACUGUUCCCAUGUUUACGACAAUAGUAUUUACAUAUAAAUGUAAAAUUAUAUAUAUAUAUAUAUAUACAUAUAUAUAUAUACAGGUACUAUAUUAGUCUUUUAAUAUAAUAUAACAAUUGUCAAGAGAAAGCAUUGAAAUAUCUUUCUGUUUAAUGAAAAGUAUUUAUACUUAUCAAAAUAUAAUUAAUAUUUUAAUCUAUUUACUUUGAUAUUAAUAAGAAAGUAGACUUGCAGUUAAACAUAUACGACUAUAAUAAACUGCAAUUGCAUUAAAAAUUGCAUUAAAAAGUACUUAAUAAAUGCAUUUAAAUAUGAUAUCUCUAAAAGAUGCCCCAUGGGGUUUACAAAUGAUUGAAUAUAUAACAUCAAAAUGUUGUCCUCAUCGUCGUAUUAAUCGACUUAUAUGGCAUCAAGGAGGCAUAUUUGCCCUUACAUAUUUAUCAUAUACUUGUUAUCACAUGACAAGAAAGCCUAUAUCUGUGGUAAAAAAUGUAUUAAGCCUUAAUUGCAGUAAUUUAUCACCACCAGAUGAUAUUAUAAUUAAUGAUACCAAUCGAGAUACAUGGUGUGAUUGGGCUCCAUUUGACACAUCAGAUGCUUCAGCAUUACUUGGUAUGUUAGAUUCAGCAUUCCUAUUUGCAUACGCAGCUGCCAUGUUUCUCAGUGGAUUUAUUGCUGAACGUGUUAAUCUGCGUUAUUUCAUUUCCCUUGGUAUGCUAACAUCUGGUAUUUCUUGUUAUUUAUUUGGAAUUGCUAGACCGUAUAAGAUACAUAAUCUAUGGUAUUUUAUUUUGGUUCAGGCUGCUGGUGGAGUAUUUCAAACUUCAGGUUGGCCAGGUGUGGUAACAGUUGUAGGAAAUUGGUUUGGAAGAAGAAAACGAGGCUUAAUUUUUGGAAUAUGGAAUUCUCAUACAUCUUUAGGAAAUAUAUUGGGCACUUUAGUUGCAGCUAAAUUUGUUGAAUCUGACUGGGGUUUAAGUUUCAUGAUACCAGGAGCUAUAAUGGGUUUGGCAGGAUUUAUAAUUUUUUUAUUCUUAGCACCUGCACCUAUUGAUGUAGGAUGUUCUCUUCCUAAUUCACUUGGAUAUAGAAAAAUAGAUGCAACUAAUAGUUCAGAUGAAGAUAGUAUUGAAGAUGUCGAAGAAUCUCAUACUCCUAGAGAAGAUCGUGUCAUCUAUCGCUGUGUCUACCGUGAACAAAAUGUUACUAACGAUUCACCAAGCUUAAGAUCCGAAACUAGUCCAAUGUUAUCAACAAAUAGACGUUUGCACCAUCAUGCUGAAGAGAAUGCUAUUGGAUUUUUUGGAGCCAUAAGUAUACCCGGUGUACUCGAAUAUUCUUCUUCACUAUUUUUUGCAAAACUUGUAAGCUACACAUUGCUUUACUGGUUACCAUUGUAUAUUGCAGUUUCAAGUACAUAUAAUACAACAUUAAGUGCAUAUUUAUCAAUAUUAUUUGAUGUAGGAGGUAUUGCAGGUGCAAUAGUUGCUGGUGUUUUAUCAGACUACAGUGGUAUGAGUGCUUUAACAUGUGCUGUAAUGCUUGGAUUUGCAAUUCCAACAUUAUUUAUUUAUGAUUAUUUAGAAAGUAUGAGUUUAAGUGUUAGUAUACUAUUAUUAUUAACAACAGGACUGUUAGUUAAUGGACCAUAUGCUUUAAUAACGACUGCAGUAUCUGCUGAAUUAGGAACUCAUCCUAGUUUGGGAGACAGUUCCAAAGCUUUAGCAACAGUCACUGCAAUUAUUGAUGGAACAGGCAGUAUUGGUGCUGCAGUUGGCCCAUUAUUAACAGGAUUUGUUUCUCAAUGGGCAGGAUGGCAUAAUGUUUUUUAUAUGCUCAUGUUUGCAAACGCGUUAGCUCUAGUUUUUUUGUCCAGAUUAGUUUAUAAAGAUAUACAAUUGUAUGGACAGCGACGAAGGACUGUAUAAGUGAAGUGUAUCUUACGAUUAAGAUACAAGAACUUUUUUACAAAUACAAAUGGAUUAACUAUGUAUAUACUAACAAAAUUACUCAAUUUUAAUUUAAAUAUUAAUUAUUAUUGUUAAAUAAAUGAUAUAUUUUUACAUUAA